AUGAAUUCUUCCAGUUCAGCUAGUCCUAUACAAAGCUCUCAGUGCUCUCGAACUCAUGAGAAUUUUUGUAUACAGUUCUGCACUCAAGUAGAAAAGUAUACCAUCGGUGAAUAUUCGCAAAGUAAUGAAAAGUAUGCUCAGAAGAUCAUCAAAAUUUUAUCACAGCUAUCAGAAGAACGUCGUUGGCAUAAUUUCACAAAAUUCAUUAAACAACGAUGUGAGAACGACGGUGGAGAAUUGUUCUCGAAUUUUGUCUCUAGUUGGUAUGCUGCAUUAGGACAUGUCAAUGCUAGCCCUGAUUAUGUAUCGCCAAUGCUACUGCUUAUAAUGGAAAUUAUGAAAUGCAAUAAUCUGAAAUAUGAACCUUCUGUUGCGCUACAGUCUGUGAUUGAAGAACAAGUCAUCAAAAUGAAUGAAAAAAAUAUGAAAAUUUUUAGUGCGUAUCUAGAAGAGAGUUUUAUAAAUAGUGAAAUGUUACACAAGAGAUGGUUGAGUGCUACAGCCACUUUUCUCCAUUCCUUAGUUCACUGGGUGGAAAAGUGUAUUAGCUGGGAAAGAAUGAAUGUAAAUGGUGUGGAAUAUCGUGCCUUUUUUCUCUCGAAGCUUUUGGAUGAUGUUGUAAGCUGCAAUUCUUUCAAAGAACUCGUCAUUUUACUGAGUGAAUGUUCCUUACAUGAUAUACUUGAUUCAUUUGUGGAAAGAUUUCUGCAAUCAGAAUCGACUCCUGAAGUUUGUCUAAAAUUAAUUCUUGUCAUUCCAGAAGUGAUUAGCUGGAGAGGAGAGCAGAUAUGCGAUUAUUUAUUGGUAAAAGCAAAUUUUUCCUUCGAAGAUUUAUACAUGUUAUCAGUUAAUCUCCAUGAAUUAUUCGAGUCAAAUAUUGCUGUUCCAAAAUUGUUCUUUGCUCGCUUGAAGAGAAAUCGACAGUUUGUGUCGUCAAGCAGAUUUGCAUUGAUAUGUUUACUUUCACUCUGUAACACUGCGCGAUAUCAUUCACUGAGUGUAGUAGAAUUGAAAUACAAUAUUGUGAAGCUACAAAAGCAUUCGGAUCGAUUACGGGGGAGUGCUUGGAUCCGUGAUGUUAUGGGUGACUGUGAUGUUGAAGCACUAAAAAAUAAUUUGGACGCCGUAGUUUCUUCAUUAGUAAAUGAUAGUAAAUGGUCUUCUGUCAUCGGCGAUGCUCUUGAACAAAUUGCCUUUAUGCUAUUGCUUGAUAAAUGCAAUUCCGAUGUGAAAUUUUCAGAUGGCAGAAUAGUAGAUAAUGUUGGUGCUAUAACAAUGGGAAAGUCAAUAUUAGUUUCAUUAGCUGAGGUGAACUCAUCAUCCAUUGGCCAGCUACUCGAAAGAAUCCUUACAGUGUUAUCUACUUGUGUCAAACAGAACACAGCAUAUAUUUUGAUCGAUGCAAUCGUCGAAAUUGUACUGAAGCAAACAAUUCAUGUUUUGAAUGCUUGGAAGUCACUGCGAACAUGGAUGGAUAGUAUAUGUGACUUGAAGGAGGCAGAUAUAGCCAUAUCGCUUAUUCGUGCUUUGUUACCAGUUAUUAUGUUACGGCCAGAAUUGGUGGCUAUCGUACUCAAAAAAAUGAAAAAAUAUGUAUUAUGUGAUUCGACGGUUGCUACUGUCUUACCCAUACUUCUCCUUCUUUUGCGAUGUUCAACAGUGCGUGCAGUAGCCUUACAAAACAUGGGGGUUGAUACGAAAAGUACAAAUGCUGAACUAUCACUUGAAAUUAUCGGUAUCUUGAAGCGAACUUUCUCGCAACCUGCAAGUGUCAAAAGCAUGUUGUACAAAGGUAUUGUUGAAGCAGUAUUCGCUAAUCAAAAUUUAGUACACCCAACUUUGGAUCUUCUGUUAACACAUUUUGCUACUUUGCAAGAAGUAUCUUGCGCUGCCUAUGUUGAAUCUUCGAAGUCAUCAACUGUUUUACUUGAACCCUUAUCAGACUUAGUACAGGCUGUAAGUUUGUUACUCCGUCUAGCAAUAUAUAGUUUACGUAACACUUCAACUCAAGUUGUUUCUGGCAAAGAUGCGAAGGUGUGUCAGGCAAUGUCUGAACUAGAUAAACUUAUUGAAUUUGUAGUUGACCGAGAUAUACAUGAUCUACAGCUGGAUAAGCUUUCGGAUUUUUCGAAUAACACUACUGGCCGUGCAAAUCUUUGUUUUGCAUCAAUGAUGAUUUCUCUAUACGAUGCCUUAGUUGAACAUUUAUGGCAUGUGGGCUCCGUUCUUUCUCGGAGAGAAGCGACAGAAAAAUUGCUGGCAAUAUUACGAAGGCGUGAAGAGCUUAACGAAGUACUGAAAGAAAAAAUGGUUAAAAAAAAGGAAAACAAAACAGAAAAAGCUACUGUCACUUAUUCAAAUACAACACCACAGCUACAAACUAUUUGCAAUAUUGUUUCACAACUUCUAAUAGAGAUCAAUGAAGAUAAUAUUGAUGUAAACCAAGAAUGCUUACAAAUGCUACGGGAAAAUGCAUUCACAUGGACGAUGGAUUGGGCACAGCGGAUUUCUGAUGAUAUAUAUAAGUGUAAUACUCGUGCACCAUUUGCAGCUUUGUCAUCCUUCUCUCGCGCGAUGAUCAUUUUAUAUAUUGGUGGCAGUCUUGUUGAUGAAUCGGUUCAAUUCGAUUUAUGGAAUCACAAACGUACUCAAGCAAUUAUAGCAUUCUCUAAUGUAGUGUCCUUUAUAAUUUCAAAAUAUGGCAAUCGAUGUUGUAGUACUCUGAUGGAAAUAUGGCACACUAUACAAAAGUCAGCUCAAGAUCAACACGAAUCUGAAAAAAAUGUGGUGUCACUAAUGCUUCGAUUCAUUGUGACACAAAUAAUCCCUAAACUAUUCGAAUCUCACAAAGACUUUGAAGAGCAUAAGAUGGGGUCAGAUUUCAAUCAUCAAGCUUUUGCACUCAUUACAACCUGCCGUGUAUUGUUCAAACAAGCACCAGCGUCUAACGAAAAAGUGCAGUUAUUGAGUUCUAAACUUAUUCGUAAUCUACUGCAGGAAACUGAAAUAGGUGAAAAAGCUGUACUAAAAGAAAUUUGGCGUUUAUAUAUAUUCAUUGAACGAGCUGGGAACUAUGGACGUCAUUAUACAGAUUUCUUAAUGUCUGCUGCUAGGCAGAUAAUCGGUAUUCUUAACAACGAAGAUAAAAGUAAAGAGACGAGUGAACUGGCAUGCAUAAAUGAUAUAACACUGGAAAUAAGUGCAGAGAUGGUUGCCGCAUGUUGUUCAGCAUCACUAACGGAUGCGCGCUUAGCUGUCGACAUGAUGUCACAAGUACACAUACUUUCUGUCGAUGCGGGUCUUGUUAAAGUAAUUGAUUUGUGCAGUCGAAUAGCAGAUGUAGUGUAUUUGUUACUCUCAGUACAUACUGAUUAUGCAGUCGCCAAGGAAUCUAUUUGUGCGCUACUUACUGCACAAUAUGAAGCACUGAAUGCUGUUGUUAAGUUGAUGCUUAAAAAACGCAAAAUUAGCGAUAUUUCGGAGUGGGUGGCCGUGACAAAAUUAGCAGCUCUUGCUCAAGGGAGUAUUCUUCGAAUCAUGGAGAACGCUGAUGAAAAUGUGGGAACGCUAAAUCCACUUGAUGAACCGUCGCUUACUCAUAAUCGGAAAAUACUGAAAUCGCAUAAAGAUGAAACACUAUAUGUCACUUACGUAAAAUCAAGAGAGCUUUAUCAGGCUAAUCUGCUGUUACUCUGCUCAGCUUUGCGUGAUAAUCGACUAGAUAUACAAGUCAAAAACAAUUCAAUUGGUGUUCGAGACUUUCGCAUAGAUGCUGAGAAAUUACGACAGAGAAUGGAAGAAUUAGGUGAAGAGGAGGACGAUGAGAACGUUGAAAAAACACAAAAUGAACCGACUAAAAAGCGCAUGCGUAUGAAAGCAGAAAAUGAUAGUAAUGACUAG